CGGUAAUUACGUAAGAUACUUACACGAGAGUGAUCGUAAGACCAGAAGAAAGUGAUGAGACCGCCAGCCAGAAUGGACCGCCUCAAAAGUCUAAAAUUCAAUAGUAAUUGAGGUCUAGGUAAGAAGUGGUUAGUAUGUAACAGUGUACUUUGAAGCUAGCAAAAGCUUGCUAGGUUUAGCUAGCUACCUUAGCACUAAAGUUUGCCUACAACUACCUUGUAAAAUCGAUCCCCGGGCAAGUUCGACCGUGGCUCACCCGUUGUUUACGGGUGUUUGAGAUUUUUCUAACUGGACGUUCUUUCGCUUCCAAGACUUUCAAAGACCCAAUCGACCAACAAACCCCUGCCCGAUAUUCCCGUCAUCAAUUCCCAAAUUCCCAAAUUCCCAAAUCCGCGAGUCAAGACCCUCCGCUCCACACGAACGAAUGCAAGCCUCCCCUAGGUACUCCUUUUGUGCGUUUCAUGUAUUUUGGCUAGUACUUUACAUAAUAGUAUAAGCACUUCUUUCAUAUCUCCCUUCCGUUCUCUCUCUCUUCUAGAACAAAAAGUCCGGGCUACUUUGGUUAGGCCAUGUCUCCUUCAGGAGCAUCAUCGUCACAUCUGAGCUAUCUGGAGCAGGCCGUCUCGCUCCUUUGUACCGUGGCCGCUUACAUGCGUUUGCCAGCUUUGGCCUCCACGGGUGUUGCCGCCGUUCUAACCACCCUACUGUACUUCAAGCAAAAAGCGCUAAUCUACCCGUCUCACAUGCCCCCGAAUGCUCGAACUAAUGUACCUCGACCUUCGCAAUUUGGUAUCAAAGAUUUCGAAGAAUUAGUUAUACCUACCAACGAUGGCGAGAAACUAUCGGCGUUCUAUAUACGCGGCCCGAAAGGUGGUCGUCAUUCAAAGUGUACUAUAUUAAUGUUCCACGGUAAUGCUGGCAAUAUCGGGCAUCGGCUACCCAUAGCUCGCAUGCUCAUCAACUAUAUUGGUUGUAAUGUCUUCAUGCUCGAGUAUCGGGGCUACGGUUUAUCGACUGGGGAGCCGGAUGAGAAAGGGAUCGCAAUCGAUGCCCAGACCGCCUUGGAUUAUCUACGAAGUCGAGCCGAAACAAGCAGUCACAAGCUUGUUGUUUACGGACAAAGUUUAGGAGGAGCCGUAAGCAUUAAGUUGGUAUCGAAGAACCAACAUGCGGGAGAUAUUGUUGGUUUGAUAUUGGAGAAUACGUUUCUCUCCAUGCGAUCAUUAAUUCCAUCCGUUAUCCCUCCGGCGAAGUAUUUGACUAUGUUGUGUCACCAAGUCUGGCCAAGCGAGUCUAUUUUGCCGUCUAUUACAGAAGUUCCCAUAUUAUUCUUGAGUGGCCUUCAAGAUGAGAUCGUCCCGUAAGUUAACCACAUUCAUUCCGUCACAUUUCUUACAAGACAAAAACCAUGUGAUGAUUUAAAACAACCAUCCACAAAACCUGAGCUCCCUUUCGAGCGCGGAUUAAAGCAUUGUUCCUGAUAUAAAGCCCCUCCACGCGGCAGGCUUGGCAUGUCUCAGUUGAAGAGCUCAGCUGAUUUGUCGGCUAACAUCACAUGUCUUAGACCCUCCCACAUGAGGAAACGGGUGGCGACCAUAAUUCUAGC